AAAUAACAUAAUGAAAAGUACACAAGAAUUCAAAUAAGAGAUUGAAAAUUUAAUUAAAGAAUCAGUUUCUAAACAUAAUUCACCUAUGAAAGAUGAAGGUGAGAUAAAAAAAACUAAAUCAAAAAAGCAGUUCUUUUAUAAUAGAAACAAAAUUAAUAUAAAUGAAGCUUGGAAAGAAAUUGAAAAGUUAUUCGAGAAUUUCUCAAUUGAGGGGAUGGAUUCAGUUGAAAAACCAAUUUUAGAAGAAGAUUAAAAAAUUAUAGAGUAAAAAGAAUUAUAUCAAACCCCAUAACCAAAGGUUCUUUCUCCUUCAGUUUAAACUACAAAAGUUAAAAAGCCAAAAGAAGAGUAAGAGAAAGAUAAAAUUAACUCCAGUGCUACAAGAAGACUUGCAUUUAAUUUAGACUGA